UUUAACCUAUUCGCACGUGCAAUUUUGUAUUUUGCUGCACUUUGCAAUUUUGCAUCCAAAUUUCAAAACGUACCCAAAGAAAAAAAUAAUAUUCUCAUUGGUUAUCAAUUAAAAUAAUUUAAAAACCACAAAUUCAUCAUGGAUAAUAAAAUGAUGAAGUACGCUCUCUUCGGUUUGUCGGCGGUCGUUGUCUCCGAAAUUACCUAUCGUUACAUUUGGUGCUGGUUUGAACGCUGCGCUAAACUACGUGCAUCUCAGACCAAAAGAGAAGUCGCCGAUGUUAUAUGGAUAAAUGAGCAUACCCAAGAUUGUGCCGUAAAAGGUGGUGAGAUUCCAAAAUUCUUCCAUAACGGCGAGAAAUGCAAAAAUAUGUUCUGCUAUCCUCGGAAUAUUCGGAAAAUCAUUCAAUUUAUCGACGACGCGAAACAUUCAAUCGAUCUCUCCAUGUAUAUAUUCACGUCGAAUGAGUUGGCUAAAGCAAUUGAUCGGGCAAUAAAACGAGGUCUCCAAAUUCGUAUUAUAAGUGACCAAGAGAUGUGCUUUUCAUCGGGUUCACGAAUUACCGAUCUUACUCAAUCCGGUGUUCCCGUUCGUUUUCCUAACGCUUCCAAUAUGCUUAUGCAUCAUAAAUUUUGCAUACUUGACGGUCCGGUUCGGUUAAAUACACUUUCGAAAAUUAAAAAAUCAACAAUGCAACCUACUCAGGGAAUACUCUUCACUGGUUCACUUAAUUGGACUCAUCAAGGAUUUAAUGCAAAUUUUGAAAAUAUGAUAAUCACUUCGAAUGUAAAUUUAAUUGAUAAAUUUGAAAAAGAAUUUGAACGAAUGUGGUUAUCAUUUGACGGCAAAGAUCUGAAAGAACAAAAUAAAUCUUCCUAAAUCCCACAUGGAAACGAUAUACAUUUUUCAGGAAGAAAAAAAACACAUACAAUAUGUUUUGAGGUACGUAUCUUAUAUAUGCUAGUAAAAUAAAUUUAAACAAUAAAAUUAAAAAAAAAAACUAAAAUAAGGAAAUAUCUUUUCGCUAGGAAAAAAAAUACAUUUUAAUAAGUUAGUCGGGUAGUCGUGCGUUCGGGCUCUGCGCUGCCCCGCUUCUGGCCUCAUAAAAUAUGCGACUAAAAUAUACACAAAUAAUGAUAACGAGCAUACGACCUGCAUAUUUUGAACAUG